AUGAACACCAACAUGUCAAAGGAGGUCGAAGCAGGAGAGCCAUACUCCACAGGAGCAAAAUCAUCAAUCACAUCCCUCACAUCCAAAGCAACACAAGCCAUCCGAUCAGGGACAUCAAUCCUCUCAGACUGGAUUCUAGACUGGACCCCCUUCGUUCUGGUUGUGACAUACUUUAUCGUCACAACUGCGAUAUUCGUUCUAUGCAACGAAGGAACCAUCAAAGUCUUCUACUUCUUCUUCAUGGCAACAAACUUCUACAUUGCAGCCACCUGUGUGAUCGAGUCCUUCCUCGGAUUGACCCCGGUACGAGAUGCUCGCAAGGCUGCAAUGGCCGUCGAAGCUUGCAGCCAAUUCCCCAGCGACCUCAACGGCAAGGCCAAGGAUCUACCAAUCAUUGACAUUGUCAUCGUUGCCUACCUCCCCAACGAGAAGGACAUCAUCCGAAACCAGGUCCUUUACGCCUGUGAGGAACUCGUCUACCCAAAGGAGAAGUUGAACAUCAACUUGGUCUACAACACACCAAAAGAAAUCGAGCCUCUGGAGAGCGAGCUGGCUUUGUUGCCAGAACAAUACAAGAACCUUCGGGUUAUCAAGGUGCCCGGCUCCAAGUCCAAGGCAGACAACCUCAACUACUUCUUCUCUCUCAAGUCGAACGCAGAUGUCAUUGGAAUCUUCGACGCCGACCACUGCCCACACCCACACAACCCCCGCUGGGCAGCUGAGCGCUUCCUUGCCGAUGAGACCGUCGAUAUCGUCCAGGGUCGAUGCAUCGUAUACAACACCAACGAGAGCUUCUACGCAAAGAUGAUCUCCAUUGAAUUCGAUCGCAUCUACGCCAUCUCCCACCCAGGCCGAAGCCGCAUGUUUGGAUUCGGUCUUUUCUGUGGCAGCAACGGAUACUGGAAGGCACCUCUCCUCCGCGAACACAAGAUGGACGGAUCAAUGCUUACUGAAGACAUCGACUCGGCUCUUCGCGCCUACGGUCUUGGCAAGAAAGCUGUUCACGACAUGAACGUCACAUCCUUUGAGAUGGCACCCAACAACUUUGGAGCUUUCUGGAAGCAGCGCCUGCGGUGGGCUCAGGGCUGGACCCAAGCUUCUAUCAAGCACAUGCCAUUGCUCUGGAACAACCCACCAACCGGCAGCCGAGGAAUUGAUCAACGAUUCGGCGUCUUCUCUCUCUWGUUCGUGCGCGAGAUCAGCUACUACCUCGUCACAAUGCACACAUGCCUGCUCAUGAGCUUCCUUAUCACGGGCUGGCCACACAAUACUUCGGAGUUUGUUAGCCUCAUCUUCUUUCGAUACCCCAUGGCGGAAUGGUUUUUCUUCGCAACAAUUGUCGCUCUUCUGUUUACUCUUUACUUUACGGAGAAAGUUCGAUCGGAGUUCACUACUUAUUGGCAAAUGGUGGUUUUCUGCAUUGCAUACAUUCCAUACUUGGUACUGCUGGCAGUCAUGGGAUUGUAUGGACACGCUCGCCAGGUUGUCAAGUACAACAGCUGGAACCCAACGGCUCGCAAGUAA